AUGCUAACAUGUUCACUUUUAUCGUUAUCUUUCCCUCAGAUCACGAAAUAUACAAAAAUCUCGUUGAAAUCGGAAUCUGAUAUUCUAAUGAGAGAAACCACACCUUUUAUAGAGUUGUAUGCUUGCCGUUUCGACAUGCGGAGAGUUACAACUUACCAGCACUUACCAGUACUUAUCAAGAUCAAGAUCUAUCAAGUUCAUGGAUUGAUCGACUACAAUUGUGGAACAAUACGUAAUUCUCGUAUACAAUUGAAAAUACUCGAUAUCGACGAGGAAAAUUACGACAACGAGUCAACGACAACUUAUAUACAACUAUACAACCCAGAAGAUCUGCAGCUCGUGAAUUGA